AUGAAAAAAGAGCCACUUUGGUGUUAUAAUGGUGAGUUUUUAUGGCUAUCAGUCUGUCGGGAAAAUAAUGAGCACCACUGCCGAGAAAAUGAGUUGUGUUGCGGCAAAAUAAAUUUUCUUUUCACCUCUGCGACAUGAUCGGCGCAGCGACACCAUGCUCAUUAUUUUCCCGACAGACUGAUACGAAUUUACGAGGGAACUUUUUGAAGUUCAACGCUCAGAUUCUGAUGAAACUUGGCGUAAAUUUAGAAUGGUUUUGGAUAAAACAUGGUCGAGACUCCUCGCACAUUGUAGAAACAAUCUAAAUUAUGAGAAAAGAUCUGGCGAAAAUUUGCGGUUUUUUCGAAUUUUUGCAUGGAAAUUUAUUUUAUGCUUGUUUCUAUUGGUAAGAGUAUUGUUGCUGCAAAAAAACUAUUUUUUUCCGCACGAAACAGGCAAAGAUACCGCCAAAGAAAACGGAUUUUUCUCUGACCGCUUUCUGUUUUUCAUGAGCUCUCUCGGCCUGAGAUAUUAUAAGUCUGUCGGGAAAAUAAUGCGGAUCCUUGGAAUCACCGCUUCCGACAGCUUGCUGAGGCUGGAGAUUUGCAAAGGACGUGACAUUCUGCUGUGGCAAAUCCACAUUAUUUUCCCCACAAGCCAAUAUCUCGGCGGUCAAUGCAAAGCGCAUGCGCCAAAAAAAAAUUUCUUUGACUACGUUGCCCUUGUUUAUCUUCUCUCCUUGUUAAAAUGUAAUAUUUUUACAAUUUUCUGCGACGUCCCUUACGUAGUAAUGCCUCUGCUGUUGUUCAGGAGACGCCGUGGACCUGGAACUGCUGGAUCUGAAGAACUGCUCGAGCCAGUAUUGCGUCAAGAUUGUGGACAAAGACAACUUUUAUCAAUUGAGGUGAGAAAAUAGUAACUUUUUUCUGUAACCCGACUUCUGACGUCUUAUAACGACAUUACUGUUGCAGAUCUUGCGACAGCAGCAACUUAUGCGUUGAUCUUGGUAAUAAAUGUGCGGAAAAAUUCGACCGUUUUCCAUGGCGAUCCACAAGCGAGACAUUGUGUUGUUGUAAAUCUGACAAGUGCAAUGGAUCAUACAAGAUGCAUAAUAACUUCAUUUUUGGCUUGAUUAUGGUUUUUAUAAUAAAUAUAUUAUGA